AUGGAACUGCCCGCGAUGAACUCUCGCAACGACUUAAUCUCUUUCCUUGCAGUAGCUCAAUACUACGAAAUCGACAUCGUAUCUCUGACAUGGCAGCAAGGUCGGGGCCAGUUAGGGAUAGGUGGUACAUCGGAGAUAUGGCAGGCGAAUUACAGCAAACGAAUGGAUUUUGUAUUCAAAAGAAUGAAAUUUGCGGAUACGGACGAAGAGAAAGGCUUCAAUGCCUUGGUCUCGGAAAUCUCGAUCCUGAGUCAUCCUCUGAUCCGACACCACCAGAACAUCGUGAAGUUGGAGGGAAUUGGUUGGGAUAUUCCUCAACAAAGUCACAAGGUCUGGCCAGUAUUAAUCCUAGAGAAGGCUCAAUUGGGGGACUUGAGAUCUUUCAUGUGCUCGGAACAGGGGAGAUCGACGACCAUGCGUGAAAGACUUGAACUCUGCACUGAUGUAGCAAGCGCAAUAAUAGCCAUGCAUUCGAAUUAUAUGAGUCAUGGUGACAUCAAACCCGAAAAUGUGCUUAUCCACAAGGAUGGCAUUGGCGAGUUGCAUGCGAAGUUAGCAGAUUUCGGCUACGCGGGAUGGGCAAUAAAGAAAAUGGAAGAUGUGUUGAUCAAGCCGCCUAGAUCACGGCCGUGGGAUCCUCCCGAAUAUCACCACCGUGGCUUUACAGUCUUGGGAGCCAGAAAAUUGGACGUAUAUUCGUUCGGUAUGCUAUGUCUCUGGGUUCUUUUCUUCGACAGGCCAUUGGAUAGCGAUUACGUUCCCACAGCAAUAAGGAAGACUCAGUUAUGCACGUUUCAUGAUCCGAAGUUGCUAGACAGCAUGAAGCACGAAGGUACUCUAGGAGAUUUUGCUGGCGGUCUUGUCAGAUCAGUGGCAAGCUUGCCUGCCAAGCAGAGGGAAAACCUAGAACGGUUUUUCUUGUCAGCUCUUGCACGUGACCCUGCUAAGAGGACUAUGAAGUUCGAGGACUUGGCGUCGCUUUUGGGUCCUGGCUGGCAGCCCGGUCCGGCAACAUUGGAUACGGACCAGAUGGAAAUUGAUCAUUCUAGUAUCAAGGUCGAAAUUGCCAAAACCUUUUACUCCUUGAUGAGAGCACAUCCUCGUGUGCGAAGUCACAUCUUUGAGUGCAUUCAUGACCAAGCCCAAGGCGGUCUUUUCGAGAAACAUCGCCUCAAUGCAGCUUUUCAGCUUGCAUUCUGCUACAAGACGGGGUUCGGAACACCGUCAAACGACGAGUUGUCUCAGAUUUGGGUGAAGCGAGCUCAACGUUGUGCCCAAGACCUCGAUGAGGAAGUGGAACUGGCGAAGGGAACAAUGAACAGAGGAAAUUACCGCAAUGGCGAUUUUCAAUCCCUUGCAUACAGCGGUCUGUUAUCGGAAGCGAGUCCUAUCAUCAGGCCCAAAGACGAUGAGCUGACCAUAGCUAUGGCGGACUGCAAGAGAGAGAUACGGGAUAUGGAACUCGCAUUCGGCAAACACAACUGCUCCGUUCUCGAACUAAAGCUCAACCAAGCGUCUAGGAUGGAAGCCGCAGGGAAGUACAAGGAAGCAGAAUCUUUGCGAGUUGGGCUGCUACAAGAUCUGAGAGAUGAGCCGGGUUCUCUUCAACUGUCAGUGCUCGCUGCUUCGACCAGUGCAUGGAGAACACUCGAAGUUGGGCGAUGGAGGAACCACGAGGGACCACGCAAACCUCCACUGCAGCUGGAAACAUCUGACUCAGAGGAGCCGGCUGUUCUCAUCGAUAUCAUGGCAUGUCUGAACGAUAGGAUUCCGGAAACGGCCCAACUGUUAUUUCAUUUGGGUGUCAACUAUGCAGGACAGGGACGUUGGCAAGAGGCAAAAUGGAUCUUCCUACGUUUGACACAGACGAGAAUGGAAAUGUUGGGAGAAAGCCAUCCAACCACGCUCGUUUUGACUACUCGUCUAGCAUCAACGUACAGCCACCUAGGACAGUUGUCGGAAGCAGAGAGGAUCUACAUCCAUAUCUCGGACAUUUAUACCUGGGUCCUUGGCGAAAAUCAUCGCGAUACGCUUUCGACCAAAGCCUUCUUAGCUGAUGUCUAUGUAGAGCAAGGCCGUCUGGACAAGGCAGAAACCCUCAUUACAAAGGUUCAUGAAGCACAACAAGAAGUUCUCGGUAAAGAAGACUUUCGCACUUAUGAUAGCAUGGAAGUUUUGGCUGGCGUUUAUCUAAGCCAGGGUCAUUACAACGCCAGCGAAGCUUUAAGACGCCAGGUCAUUGACUUCUAUAAAGGUAGCCUUGGGCCAGAUCACCCGGUCACCCUGUUCGCGAUGAGCCAGCUCUCCGUAACGUUAGCGAAGCAGGAGUGUUGGCCGGAGGUCAAGAAGAUAACGAUGCAAGUUUUAGAACGGAGGAAAGAACUCCUCGGUCCCGGGCAUCCGCAAACAUUGACUAGUAUCGAUAAUCUCGCUACUGUGCAUGCCAGGCAAGGGCUCUUGCGAGAGGCAGAGACAGGAUUUCUGGACGUGAUAAAAGGCCAGAACAAAAUAUUCGGUGAGAGUUCCUCACGCUCUCUAGAUGCAAUCCAGAACUUGGCUACUCUUUAUGGGAUGCAAGGACGUCUAAAAGAGGAGGAGGCCUUGCUCAUGAAGCUGAUCGAGAGAAGAAAGGACUGUUUGGGGGAGGAGCAUCCGAGCAGCCUUAUAUCGAUUGAACGUUUGGCUUGGAAUCUUUUAUGUCAGUCACGUCCAAGAGAAGCCGAACGGUUGUAUUUGCGGGCAGUAUUUCUUGGGAGAAGGGUGCGAGGGGGAAAACAUCCAGAUCAACUACUCUCGGAAUCCGGCCUAGCAGAAACCUACCUCAAACAGCUUCGAUUCCAGGAAGCGGAGAAGAUCAUCCUACAUGUUUUGGAACAUAUUGAUGCUGUGCUCGGUGCGGACCACCCGGAAACGAUGGUUGCGCGGGUGCGGCUCGCAAGGAUCCUAAACGGACAAAGGCGCUGGCGAGAGUCGGACCCUAUCUUCUUGGAAGCAGUUGAGCAGAGGAAGAAAGUGAUGGGAGAUGAGGAUGAAAUGACACUCAGGGUCAUGCGCUUCUACGCAUGGAGUCUGUGGAGUCAAGGUCGAUGGCGGGAGGCCAUUCCUGGUCUCUAUCGAUCAUCCAGAGGCGUCUGCGCUGCGCGAGCAUUUGCGAGACGUCGAAGCUGGGGCUUAACCCAGGGUCUCCGCGUAUCACUGGUCGUUGCCAUAACUGCGAUUACAUACAGAUGGAGCAAAAGCUUUCCUGGGUGGGCUUUUGCGUCAUGA